GCUAGUGAGCGGUCAUGUGGUACAACUGAGGCACUGUCACGUGAGCGCGACAUGGUCACGUGAGAUUUUCGGAUAUCGCUGUAAGAACACAAACAAAUCGAUGUGUUUGAUUAGACCCAUUUCCUCCAAUGUCUUCCGAACACUUUGAGGCCAUUCACGAUUCUUUUAGGGUUCAUUAUGAACAUUUGCAGAAGUUUCCCGAGAAGCUGAAGAAUCUCCAUGGAGAGGAAAGAAAAAAGCUUCUUCAAGACUUUGAUGAAAAACAAUUGGAAGCAAAUGAAAUGCUUGUACAAAUGGAAAAGGAAUUAAAAUGUGCUCCACCAUCUUUUCAAAACGAGAUGAUAAGCAAGCUGCGUGUGUAUAGACGAGUCCUUGUUAAAUUUCAGACAGACACAAGAGACAUCUAUAGAGGUACUGGACCGCCUCAUGAGAACAUCAGGAAAGGAUUUGCACGUGUGGAAGAUGAUCAAAAUAAUGCUUUUUUAUCACAAAGGACACUUCUUCUUGAUUGUAACAAAAGCUUGAACAGAGGUACAGACAGUAUAGCUAGAUCCCACCAUAUAGCUGCUGAAACAGAUGCCAUCGGACAAGAUAUUGUAGAAGUGCUUGGUGGUCAGAGAGAACAGCUGGAACGAACAAAAGAUCGACUGAUAAAUACAAGUGAAAAUUUGAGCAAAAGUAGGAAGAUCCUGCGAUCCAUAUCUAGAAAAAUUGCAACAAACAAGCUUUUGCUUUCCAUCAUCCUCAUCUUGGAACUUGCCAUUCUUGCUGGAUUGGUUUAUUACAAGUUUUUUAGGAAAACCUGACCCUUUGCUGCAAAUGUUACUCUUCCAAUGAAGACCAAAGUUAAGAUGCGCCAACCAGAAAUCUGCUGAUUUUGUUAAAUAUGAAAUGUACUAAAAAGUUUGAUCAACAUAAACAAAUAAAAUUUACUGAAAACAUUC